AAAAAAGCAAUAAGGCCUGUAGUCAAGUAGAUAUUUAACUGAGCUAUUAUACCGCGCAGAUUUCGAACGGAUAUUUUACUAAUGGCAAAUGGGUAAACUUAUCUUCAUGGCUGAGAAAUAUCCGUCACCCAAUUUAAAUUGGCCAACACAAGAAGCAACGCGUACACCUACAACUUUCCAGUGGACCUCUCAGCAACAACCGGACAAGUUUCAGGCAUCCAGAGACUGGUGCUGGGUUCAGCAUGCACCAACCGCUCCAUUUAAUCCUAACACCACCACGACAUUUACUGGCUACUGGGGUCCAGGAUACCAGCAACACCGGUUUUCAGGUCCUCAGCAUUAUCAGUCUCAGAGACAAGGUCAUGGACAAAACCAAUGGAAUAAAAGAAAACAAAAUUAUGAACAAGACUAUAGUCAUUUCUGUGACACUUGUGACAGAGGAUUUAAAAACCAAGCUAAGUAUGAUGAUCAUAUUGCCCAACAUGUAAAGUGUUCUGUAGAUGACUGCAUAUACACAGCACAUGAAAAGCUUGUCAGAAUCCACUGGAAAAAUAAUCACUCACCAGGAGCAAAGCGAAUUAAGUUAGACACUCCAGAUGAAAUUGAGAAAUGGAGAGAGGAAAGAAGACGGAAUUACCCAACACUAAGCAAUGUGAAGAAGAAAAUAAGGUUAACUGAGGUCAAAGAAAAGAGGGGUGAUGUGUUGGAGACGGCCCAGUUUGGACGGUUUAAGAGUCGUGGCAAAGGCUUCCAGAAUCAUAAAGGAAGUGCAUUUGGUAGGGAUCAACGUUUACAUUCAGAUUAUAAAGAGGUACAGCAGACUUUGCAACUUGCAUGCACUUCUCAUAUUGGAGAUCCUUUAGGAGCACUGGCCAACAAUGAUCCAGAAUCCGAGAAAGAGGAAUCUGCAAAGGAGCUAAAGGUUUCAGUUUCUGUGGCUCCCAAACAUAUGACUUUUGCCUUGGGCUCACUAAUGUCUAGCUAUGGAGGUAUGAGUGAGAGUGAUGAUGAACCUGAAGAUUUUUCUAACCCUGCCCAGAACAGUAUACAAAAGCUUGAAAGGAUGCCAAAUGAGCAAUCUAAAAUCAGCCACAAAGUACUACAUCAUCCAUCUCGAAAGAGUAACAGAGGGGGCAGCAGGAAUUUUGACUCCAGAAGUGCCUCAAAGAAAUGUCAUCCCACCCUGUUAGAGAUGUUGCUGGCUCCAGAUAUUCGUCACGAAAGGAAUGUGGUGCUUCAGUGUGUUCGCUAUAUAAUCCACAAUGGAUUUUUCAGUAUGACAUGUAACGACUGUUUCAAUAACUGAAAAUGGCAGAUAAAAGAUAAAGAUAAAAAAAGAAAAGUAUCACUGAAAGGUGUCGAGUUUUUUUUUUUUUUUUGAAGACCUAACAUUUGAAUUGUAUUUUAUUUUUUACCUUUUUGAGUUAAUGCCUUUUAUGUGUACCAAUGAAAACUGUUUACUAGCUGCUGACUUAAGAAAUGAGAAAGAUGGAGUCAUUAUAUUCUCUACGUUCAUUUGUCUUAACACUAUUAAGUUUAUGUAAUUGAUUUGACAAGCAUGCAUAUGAUGUACAUUUCUCAUUAGGAAUGCCUUAUGCUGCUUUUUGUACUAUUACAACUAUAGUAAAUACAUUACACAUAAAAUUAAAAAUGACUACCACUGGAGCUUUUGACAUGUUUGGCUUGCAUUUUAUGCCAGAACCUAAAGAAAUAAAACAAAAACAAAUUGACCUUAAUAGUAUUUUUUCUGCCACUACCUGUAUUGUGUGUUUAUUGACUAUGGUGGAAAUGUUUGAAAAUAUUAAAAUAACUUAAUAAUUGUCAUGUAAAUGAAUAUCUCCACCCUCUGUAAAAGAAAAUCAAAUCAAUGUUUGAAUAACUAAAAUUUUCUUUGUGAUAUUUUACACCCUAACAUAUCAAGGUGUUCAAGAAUAGUGUGAUUUUUAUAUUAAGUGUAUUGUCAAGUAAAAUUUACUCCUGUUGCACAAUUAAACACAGCCAAACUUGAUUAAAUUGCUUUACAGCCGAUGAAUUUAAAAUUAAGAAAAAAAUACAAGCAUGUAAAAAAAUUAUU